UUGCACUUUUUGUUGUGAUUUUCCUGCGCCGGUGAAAAGUGCACGUUUUUCCCAUUUUCGCCGCCAUAAACAAAAGCUAUUUAUACCCGAUCGGCCAAACAAGAGAGGCGGUCUAAGUGCGGCGCAGAAUUCUUUGUUUUUAUCGGUGCCGCACAGGUUUCCCGAUUUCGAAUGCGUGCAGUUGGGCCCGCGGAUGAGGCUACACCUAUGUAUUAUGUUGGCCAAAAACAAGGCGGCGACCAAUUAGAGCAGCGGCAGCAGAAGAGGAAGCACACGAUUUAUUGGGCAAUUGUGGCCAAGAAUCCGAAAGAGGCCACUUUGCGCUUGUAAACAAUCGGAUGGUGAACCGGGGAUCGAUUGUGAUGUGUGGGUUAUAGAAACAGAUGUAUCUUCAGUCAUAGAAACUAGUACAUGUGGAUAGUACUACUCAAAAGAAAGUCCCUUUCAUCCAACAGGAAUUUUUCCUCCUACACCGCCUUUCACAAGUGAAUAUACUAUAAGAAUAAGAUGAUAAGAUAAGCCGAGAACCCGGAAACUUUGAGGUACCCCUGCCACUUGCCAAGAAUCCGGGGAUAAAUGGGGUCAUCGGCUGUAAACAACCGGAUACGAGUGACUUGUUGCUUUAGAUGCGGCCACAAUUAAUUUGCAAAACAAUGGACUGAUGCGAACAGUUGUUAGCCGAUGUCUGCCAAAAAAAAGAGAAAAAAAACAUAAGAAACUACAACAAUUGCCAGAGCAACGGCAGCAACAAUUGCAAGUGCAGCAAAUAUUGCCCGAAAAACAGUAGCAACAACUGCCACAAGAACACAGCAACAACAGCAGCAUGCCACGGCAGCCCGGCCAUAUCAACAUUUCGACUAGAAUUGAGCAAUUUGCCAGUGCUGCUGCCGCCGCUGCGUGUACGUAAUAUUAUAAAUAGGCCAUCGCCCAGGCUGCAGGAUGAACAAGCGCAGCGUCGUCAUCGCUGGCAUCGUGGCCAGCCUGCUGGGCCUGGCGAUCGGUGCCAACUUCUACUUCAUGUACUACCUGAGCGCCGAGGAGAGCCACCUGGCCAGCGUGCGGGCGCUGGAGAACAUGAUCCGGCACAAGAUGCGCCACCUGAAGCCCAACUACCUCAACCGCAAUCCGCGCUUCUUCAUGUUCCGCAACAAGCUGCUGAAGAACUACAAGGCGGCGCCGUACGAGAACGCCAGUGUCCUCUGGGACAUUGCCAACUGGUGGCCCCACGAAAAUGAGGUCUAUCCGCUGUACGACUCCUCGAUGGGCCAGCUUCUGGAAACAAUGCGCCGCGAGCCGAUCACCAGAGUCAGCAACCUGGCACGCGGCACCCAGCUGAAGCUCCUUAUGCGCCUCUCGCAGCAGCAGAAGGUGAUCUUCAAACCGCAGUGGUAUCCGCGGGACGAGGUCAUAGAGGGCAUGGUGUACAGCGGCAAGGAUCGGCACACUGCUGAGGUGUAUGCCUUCUAUCUAGGCGCAGUGCUCGACUUCCGGUGGACGCCCAUAGUAGUUGGUCGAGUGGUCAACUUGAAGAGGGAGAUCUACGCCAACGGCGAUCAGGAGCUACAGCAAACCAUCAACAUUGAAACGGACGAGGAUGGCAAGGAGAGGUACUGCCUGUUUGGAAAGUGUCACUACUGCAACGAGGAGGAGACCGUCUGCGGUGAUGAGAGGCACAAUAUCGAGGGAGUGCUCAUCUAUAUUGUGCCCGGAACGAUGGCCAAGCGGCGAUCGCCUUGGCAGCGAACCUAUAAAGAGGACAAGCGGGCGCCCUGGGAGGACGACAUGACCUAUUGCAAAUCGUUGAAAAAUAAAAUGGAGACAAUUCGCCUGCUGGACCUCAUAGAUGCGGCCAUUUUCGACUACCUUAUUCAGAAUGGGGAUCGCCAUCACUACGAGACGCGGGAAGAGCGCGUGGUGCUCAUAGACAAUGGCAAGGCUUUUGGCAAUCCGAACAAGGAUCACUUGGAUAUCCUGGCGCCACUCUACCAGUGCUGCCUCCUACGAAAGUCCACGUGGGAUCGUCUGCAGGUCUUCUCCGGCGGCGUGCUGACGGAAAUCAUCGAUCGACUGUCCAAACAGGAUGCCCUCUAUCCACUCAUCACGGAUAAGCAUAAAAAGGGGGUGGAGCGACGACUUCUAGUGGUCUAUGCGGUGGUGGAACACUGCAUGGACAUCGAGGGCGAAAAAAUGUUCAAAACUCUGUAGUUCAGGCUUGAGAUUAGGGCAGAAUGGCCAGCGCUAGAGCUUCCGGAACUCACUUUCCACGUCCUACAUAAGAACUUAGCUAAAGCUAGCUAGAAUUGUAUCUAAUAAUCUUAGUCAAUGUUUCCUUCGACGGCUGUCAAUAUUGUUCUCACACUGUCCUAAAGUAAGCCACCCUUGCAGUCAAAACUGUUUAGUAUAGCAAUGAUAUUUCCGUCUCCAAGUUAUCCGUAUAAAUAAUCAAAAUGAUAAUGCGAAAAAUCGCGCUGCCAGCCUUUUAGGAAUUUUAACAUCGAAACUUAAUCGAAUGCAAUUUUUAGACAUGAAAACUCGGAUAAAAUCCUUUAGCAUGACAAUUCUCACGACAAUCCGUUUAUGACUUUUAAUAUCUUUCCAUUUCAGCACUCGAAACCGGACCUUAAAAACAUAUCCGAUAGUCUAGUUUAAUGAAUAGUUACGGUUGUUAUUUAAUAGGUAAUAUUUUAGGAAAUUGCAAAUUCAAAAAUUAUAGUUUUGUAACAUACGAAAAUAAACAAUUGUCUAAAUCAA